AUGUCUACAGCAGGAUACCAGGAUACUACACGUACUGGCGGGGUCUCUAAUACGGGAAUAAAUUCUGGGGUGCCCAACACUGGCGUUCCCACCACUGCGGCUAAUGAGAACUACACUGACACUGCGGGGCCUAACGGCACUUACAACGAUGCGGGCGUGAUUGGAACCGAAAACAGAAAUCAAAAUAGGACCGUUGACCCCACAGUGCGUACUGAAUACACGAAACGGUCGGGACUGGGGUUUUUACUGAUGGAUGUUCCGCUUGUAUUGUUGCGGCUCGCGCAGUUUGCAUGCAGCGUGAUCGUGUUAGGACUACUAGCGUACGUUUUGCAUGGGUAUGACUUUCAUGGCAGCCGUAAAACGAACUAUUCUCUAGCGACAGCUGUGAUUUCCACUUUCUACUUGUUGAUGCUUCCAGUGUUCACAGCGGCACUCGCACGGUUUUUCGUGCCAGGAGCGUAUUUGCUGAUGGAGAUCACUUUGACCAUCCUAUGGCUCUGUGCUUUCAUUGUUUUGGCUGACGCGCAUGGUUCCCACAGCUGUGGUUUGAGUCAGACGUCUACUUACAAUGCAAGCUACGGGAGCUACUCGAGUUUCUUGGCGAGCAGCGGCUAUUAUGACCCAUUCCUUGAGCAGUACACUACACGAAACUACGGGAGACCUUGUCGUUCUGCGAAGGCAGCCAUCGCAUUUUCUGGUUUGGCGUUUAUUUUGUUCUUGAUUAGCACUGUCUUGGUGGGCGUCUUCGUGGUGAGACCUAUGUUGGUGGCAGGUGGCUCUAAGGCGUUCAUGCAGCCAUACACCAGCUACGGAUUCCGCUUGAACAGGAUGACGGGGUUGAAUGUCAUGGAGGAAGGCGGAGCUGCAGCUCAUAACGAGCCAGAGGCUGUCGGCCAAGACCAGAGAACUUUCUCUACGGGAGACUCUACUUACAACGGCACACACCCAGAGAAAGUGGGCGACGGACACCAACGCAAUAUGUCGGGUGUCACCGACAUGGCUGAUCCAGUUGUUGCUGCCCCUGUCACAGGCGUGGGUCAAAACGAUGUGGGCCCAGUGACAGGCACACGAGUCUGA